AUGGAAAUAAAAAACACAAUAUGCAAGCGUUUUAAUUUAUUUCUUAUAUCAAUUGUGGUACUAAUUUGUACAUUUGGGCUUAAACAUAAUCUUAUUAUAGUAUAUAAAAAUGAAGAUAUUAGUUUUAGGGUUUUAAAUAAUGAUAUAGGAACAAACAUUCCCCCUGGGGGGGCAGUUCCAUUUCAAAAUACAAUACAAGAAAAUGAAGGUUUAAAUGUUACCGAUUCAAACGAUGGCAAAAAGGGUAAAAAUGGCGAAAAGGAUAAAAAUGGCGAAAGGGAUAAAAAUGGCGAAAGGGAUAAAAAUGGCGAAAAGGGUAAAAAUGGGGAAAAAGCGGAUGAGGAAAUAAACAUGAAUGCUAAUAGAGACACUAUUGGAAAUGCUGGGAAUGCUGGGAAUGCUGGGAAUGCUGGGAAUGAGCAAGUAUAUAUCAAAGAGGAGCUUGCAGAAAAUAAAAAUGAUUAUAAAAAUGAAGAUGUAAAUAAAAAUGGUUAUAAAGGUGAAGGUGGGUUCGAAGGAUUAACGUUAGAUGUACAUUUUACUGAAUACAACAAUAUAUAUACUAAUGUUAAGGUUGGAAACCAAAUGUUAAAACUGUCAUUGAAUAGUAGAUUAGAAGGAAUGUAUGUCUUCAUGGAUGAUUCAAUUUCAUGUUAUCAACAAGAUGAAAAUAAUAAAAGAAAAUGUUAUGAUCCUAAUUUAUCAGAAACUGCAAUUUGGUGCAAUAAUAACAUGAUAUGUUUACCUGCUAUAUUAUCAAUGCCUUAUGAAUGUUAUGCCGAUAAAAAAAUAAACAUAAAUAAUAAGGUUCCAUAUCCAAACAUAUACUAUGAUGCGUUAAAAUAUAGCGAAAGUCAUAUAGAGGGAUUCGACACAGUUGAGCUCGUGGGCUUAAAGUAUGGAAACAAGAGCGGAGGAAAUAAGAAGCAAGGAGAAAGCGGAGGAAAUAAGAAGCAAGGAGAAAAGAGCGGAGGAAAUAAUUUAAAUUUAUUUGAAAACGCAGACAUUAAACUUAUCGUCGAUUUAUCAAUUUAUAAUAACUGGAAUUUAUUUAAAGAUACAGAUGGUAUUAUGGGAAUUGCAGGCAACGAAUUAAGUUGUAGGAAUACAAGCAUUUGGAAUAAAAUACUUGAAAAAAAUAAUUCUAUAUUUGGCAUUGAUAUUAAUUUACCUGAAAACGCAACAAAAAAAUAUGUUAAUAACUUAUCAGAGAAAAGUAAAAGAAAUAUAAAUUUUUAUAAUGUAACGUUGGAAAGCGAUAAAAAAAAUGACAUAAAUAAUGACAUAAAUAAUGACAUAAAUAAUGACAUAAAUAAUGACAUAAAUAAUGACAUAAAUAAUGCAGGAUAUGUGACAAAUUUACACGAAUCAGUAGUUAAGCUAUUUUCAUCAAAAACAAGAAAUAUAAUUACAGAAGAGAAUCAAAAGAAUGGUAAUCCGAUUACGGUACCCUCCCAAAUACAUAUUGGUGAUUAUAAAAAAGAAUAUGAACCUAUCAUAUGGUCUGAGCCAAGAGAAAGAGGUGGGAUAUUUUCAGAUUCUUUUAUGCAAUUUACAAUAUACAAUUUAGAAGUAUGUGAUAAUAAUAUAUUUGGUAAAAAUAGUAGCAAUUGGCAAGGUGUUAUAGAUUUAAGUAGUAAAUGUUUAGUUCUUCCUAAAAUGUUUUGGCUAAGUUUAAUGCAAUAUUUACCUGUUAAUAAAAAUGAUGAAAGAUGUGUACCAAGCAAUAAAGAAAUCGAAUUUAACGAGGACACAAUACCUAGGAUGUGUUCAAUUGAUGAUAAAUAUAGACCAUUACCUGUUUUGAAAUUUUCAUUUUCAGAUAAUGAUAUAGUAUCUAAUAAUAAUAUAAAUAAUAAUGAACAGGGAGAAAAUAUUAAAAAAAUUAAUAUUCCUUUAGAUAAUUUAAUAAUAAAAGAAGAUGGUCCUAAUAAUAAUUAUUUAUGUAUAAUUCCAGAUGUAAGAGAAGGUAUAAGUAAUGGAAAUAGUGGAAGAACAACUAAACCGUUAAUAAAAUUUGGAACCUAUGUAUUAAAUAAUUUUUAUGUUGUAGCAGAUCAAGAAAAUUAUAGAGUUGGUCUUUCAAAUAAAAAAAGUUUUUAUUAUUCUAAUGAUAAAUGUACAAAAAAAGUAGAAUGUAUAGGUGAUCAAGUAUAUGAACCUGCAUUAAAUAUUUGUAUUGAUCCAGAUUGUUCUAUAUGGUAUUUUUAUACAUUAAAUAAUGAGACCAAAACAUGUGAAUCAGUUUCAUCACGAUUUUACAUUUUUAUAAUAAUACUUAUUAUUUUAUUAAUACUGGAUAUACAAUCUUAUUAUUUAUAUAGAAGAUCUGUUCGUACUGCAAAAAUAUCUUCUCGUUAA